AUGGUUGGUCCCUCGCUCCUGCAACUACCCUGGGUCGCUCUCGCCUACGCUCGUCCCAAACACCGCCAGGACCCGAACUGGACAUAUCGACAGGCUUUUACCAACUCGCUACUCAAAGCGUUUUUGCGCAAUUGGGUGGCUCUUCAUCUAAAAUGGCGUCUGUCACUGAAGCCACGUUCAGAGUCGGACCGGUUUAUUCAGAUACCGCCAGCCAAUCCAGCUCUGUAUACGGGGAUCGUCAUCGAUGAAAAGAUCAGACCGGAAACGAUCGGGGCCACCUGGUACCCUGCUCCAUACCCUUCUCCUGACUCAUCUCAAACGGCACUUCCAGAAGGCCAGCACGUGGUACUACACCUGCAUGGGGGAUCAUAUAUAUUAGGCGACGGUCGAACGUCGUCCUGCAACUUUCUAGCCACAACCUUACUCGAGCACACUCCGUCGAGUUACAUACUCUGCCCUCAAUACCGACUGGCUGGAAAUCGGAACGGAAAUUUCCCAGCACAACUUCAAGACACAAUCGCAUCGUACGCCUACCUCAUCCACACCAUCGGCAUUCCAGCGUCCCAAAUCAUCAUAAGCGGUGACAGUGCCGGAGCAGACCUCGCAUUGGCACUGCUACGUUAUACCAUCGAAUUCGACAAUCUAUCCAUUCUCCCUGCACCAAAAUGCUGCUGGCUCUGGUCACCCUGGUGCGAUGUCCCGCCAGCCGUUGAUCCUGGCCGUUGGAACCACAGCGCCAAUUAUAGAACCGACUAUAUCCCUGGGUCAUUUCCUGCACGCGGGGCAAAGCUGUUUCUGAAAAAUGUCGAUGUAACGAAAUAUGUUGAGCGAUACGUCUCCCCUGUCUUACAUCCGUUUGCCGUGCCUUCGCCGGUAUUGAUCAUCACUGGUGAUCGGGAGGUUCUCUUCGAGGACCACAAGAAGCUUUCACAAGGCCUCAAAGAGCUCGCACAUAAGGAUGAACAGAUCGAGUUGUUUGUUACUAGGGGCGUUCCCCAUGAUGUUUUGAUGAUCGCAUGGAUCAUGGGUUUCCAAAAGGAGGCGCGUGAAUCCGCCAUAAAGGCUGGGGAGUUUGUGAGUCGGUUGUCAAACUGA